UCGUGCUUGUCAUAAUGUGGAGCUGUUUCCUCAGCUUGACUUCCAUGUCUUGCUUGCUUAUGUGCUUAUCAGUAUGGGAGCGGCAGGAGCUGCUGUUCAGUACUUAGGUCACGCGCCUGGCCUCUUUAUCGUAGGACUGUUCGGCAUAUUGGUGUUAUGGAUGUAUGCUAACUUUUGGAUAACCGGAACACUUCUUAUAGUUGGAGGUUAUUUGUUCUCCUUAAGUCAUGCGCGAUUAAUAGUUUUAAUAGCGACUGCAUAUUCUGUUUAUUGUGUCAAAGUUCGAGUUGGGUGGCAUGGCGUUUUUCUAUCUAUAAACCUUGCUUUUUUGUCGAACGACAUGGUGAAUUAUUUGCUCCAAUGUUUUGAUAAUGCGAGUGAAAACACACAUUUUGAAGAACAAAAGGAGCCCAAAUCGGUUAUGGAAGAUGAUUUGUCUGGACAUUGUGAAUACUCUAUUCCCACCGAUGAACCUACGAAGUUGCAUCAAUUCAAGUCAUCGAGCAAAUCUGCUACUACAUCAGUUAUAAACGAAAAGGAAUUCACUGCAAAAAGGGUUGUCAAGGAAGAAACGAGUUCGACUGAUGAAAUGAAAAGAAUAUUGAAUAGCACGAAUCAUUACGAAGCAUUGGGGUUCCCUCGUCACAUAAAAAUUGAUGCUGGAAUCCUCAAGAAGGAAUACCGAAAAAAGGCCAUGCUUGUACAUCCCGACAAAAACAUGGGAAGUCCUUUAGCAAGUGAAUCGUUUAAGAAACUUCAGUGUGCUUAUGAUGUCCUUUCCGAUUCCAUGAAGAAGAGGGACUAUGAUGAGCAAUUGAGGAAGGAAGAAUCCAAAGUGAGGAGCGUCUGUCGAAAGUCCCAUAGCUCUUCACAUCAGCAAUCUACUUCAGAUCAUCGCUCUGAAGAAUCGAGGCGUAUACAAUGCACCAAGUGUGGUAAUUCCCAUAUAUGGGUGUGCACAAACAGGAACAAGGCCAAGGCUAGGUGGUGUCAGGAUUGCUGUCAAUAUCAAGCCAAGGAUGGAGAUGGAUGGGUUGAGUAUAAAGGUUCCUUGGUAUUUGAUAGGCCUCAGAAGGUAAGCUCCUUUUUUCAUCGGUGCAAAAUGCUCGAUCCGUUUGAUUUACUACAUUGAUAGUUUCAACUGAAUUUGGUAUGACCAUCAAGUUGUGAAUGUUUCUGCGUCACUGUCGAUAAUUUUUACCAUUAAUUUCACUACCAACGUUUUAGUUCAACGACUACUUAAUGAAAGGAAGACCCCAGAGAACAGUAUUUUUGUCAUUCAAGUAAACAUCGGAAUGGCCGAAUUUCGGUUCCUUUUCUUUCUUCAAAUUGGCUGUUUACUAUGUUUUCUUCCUGUCCUAUAGUG